GCGCCAUUUUGGUGGCCGGGCGCGGAGGUGAUCCCACACUCAGGAGAGCGCGGCGGCUGGGGUGGCAUUGGCAGCGUUUGUGUGCUGGGGUGUGAAUCGCAGAGGGAGGAGGCGGUGGAGGAAGAGGUGGCGGCGGUGGCGGUGGUCGUAGCGGUGGCGGAGGAGGCGGGUACGAAUCAGCUGCGGGCGGAGACAUGGCCAACAUCGCGGUGCAGCGAAUCAAGCGGGAGUUCAAGGAGGUGCUGAAGAGCGAGGAGAGUGAAAAAAAGACUCACUUUUCUCUGAAUUACAAUUUUGGGGGAAUGAGGACAGAGACGAGCAAAAAUCAAAUUAAAGUAGAUCUUGUAGAUGAGAAUUUUACAGAAUUAAGAGGAGAAAUAGCAGGACCUCCAGACACACCAUAUGAAGGAGGAAGAUAUCAACUAGAGAUUAAAAUACCAGAAACAUAUCCAUUUAAUCCCCCUAAGGUCCGGUUUAUCACUAAAAUAUGGCAUCCUAAUAUUAGUUCCGUCACAGGGGCUAUUUGUUUGGAUAUCCUGAAAGAUCAAUGGGCAGCAGCAAUGACUCUCCGCACGGUAUUAUUGUCAUUGCAAGCGCUACUGGCAGCUGCAGAACCAGAUGAUCCACAAGAUGCAGUAGUAGCAAAUCAGUACAAACAAAAUCCCGAAAUGUUCAAACAGACAGCUCGACUUUGGGCACAUGUGUAUGCUGGAGCACCAGUUUCUAGUCCAGAAUACACCAAAAAAAUAGAAAACCUAUGUGCUAUGGGCUUUGAUAGGAAUGCAGUAAUAGUGGCCUUGUCUUCAAAAUCUUGGGAUGUAGAGACUGCAACAGAAUUGCUUCUGAGUAACUGAGACAUAGAGCUGCUGAUAUAGUCAAGCUUGCCCCUUCUUGAGGAGCAUCAACAUCUGUUAUUUUUAGGAUUCUGCGUAGAUUUCUUUUAAACUGGCAUUCUUGCCUAAUGAUGUUAUCUGGGCACCAUUGGAGACUGAAAAAAAUCUCUGCUCUGUAAAUAAAGCUAAUUAAACGUCUCUGUAAAUUUAAAAAGGGGAAAUACUUUAAUUUUUUUCUUACUUAAUAGUGUAAAAAUUCUUUGAGCUAAGCUAAAACCAUGGAAAAAACUUGCUACUUUAGUGUUUAGCAGUGUACCAAGACUAGCAAGAGUUUGCUUCAGGAUUUCGUUGAAUAAUUAAGAUAAUAUUUUGAGUGUGGCAGGGCCAUUCAAAUUGUUGGUGUUGCAUCACAGCUACCUUAACUGUUUUUAACAUGGAUCCUCUGUGCCUGUGAAUUUACUUGCAUGCUUGUACUUGACUUCUUAGGAUGGGUAGCUGAAAAGACCACCAUUUUAAGCAUUUGAGAAUUCUUAAAUAAGAGAUUAUUCAGAAUUGAAGAUGGUGACCUAUUCAGAGCCUUUUUGUCCUUGUCAACAGACUGGGACACCAUAUCUGUUUUUCCCCUCUUACCACACACAGCUAAUAUUCUAAUAGUAAAUUUCUCUAUUUGGUGGGGAAAUGUGCUGAGGGACAGUAUCCUUUGCUCCAUUUUUAGGUUGUCCAUUUGGUAUGUUUUGUCACAAUUCUUCACUCUUAGAACUUUCAUAUAUAAGUAAGUAAUAAUGUAAAAAUGGAGCUGCCAGUUUCGUUUCUCUUGCAAAAACAGUAAAAACUUGAUGUUGCAGUAUUCCCAGAUUUAAUGAAAGAACCCAGCUUAAUUUUUCAGUGAGUUUAACAUCUUUCUAUUUUUAAACUGAUGAAAUUUGUCUUUGACAACUUGCAAGGAUGAAAUCAACUGUUAGCAGUUUUUUAAGCCUAAUUUUGGCUUUAUAAGAGAUUGCUUUAUCAGAUCCUUUAAAAGUCACUCUUGCUUGCAUUUCCCCCUAUUGACACAUGAAAGCUGUGUUGGUGUUUUACUGUACAUACUUCAAAUGCACAUAGGAAUAGAAGUGUGUUAUAAAUCUAGCUUUCUUUAUGAUGUUUCUGAUAACAUGAGAAUUGAAAACUUUACCUUCUCUUGUACAUAGUCAGACUUUCUAUACGUAUUAAACUUACAUUUCAUUCUAAGUUCAAAAGUUUGAAAAUUAUUAGUUUUGCAAGCUCAAACACUAAUGUGACCAUUUUAUGAAGGGUGAAAUGGAUUUGUGUAGGCUGUUCUAUACAUAGAAACACAGUUCUUAUUACAUAUUCAGGACCAAUGCAAAAAUAACAAAUAUGUAAUGGAAUCAGAAUGAAUUAAAGUAAGGCUGUAUACUGAAAGUCAUAUUAUAAAAGGUUUGCUUUCUUCAAGUGUUACUUAUCCUAAAUUAUAAUGGUGAAGUGUUUGGAAAAUAGUUUUGAACCGUAAAUUCAGCAUAAUUUCAUUUGACUUCUCAAUAAUCUUAGAAGCAAUAAAAGAACCAUUAUUAAAUAUAUUGUAAUGUUAAGAUGUGGAGGUUCUUCCAAAAACUUGUAAGGCUUUCCUAAUCAAUAGUAAACUCUUGUAGUUGAUUUUAUUGCAUACUAAACACAAGUUGCUGUUUCUUUCCCCAUAUGUUUGCUUAAGUAUAAAUUUCUUUACACAGUCACCUCCUUUUGUUGUAGUUUAGUUACUUUCUAAAGAUGCCAAAGGAAGCAAGAUUUUUCUUUAUUUAUUUUAAAUAGCUAAAACCAUGUACUUUUCUUUAUAUUUUUGAAGUAAGGUUGGAGUUGUGUGAAAAUGUGGACAGUUUUGUUCCAUUGUUGGUUAGAAUUAAUUUUUUUUUUAGUGGCGGGUGGCUUGGUAAUAUUAGUAAUAUUUGGAUUAUUUUAAAUAUCAGACACCUCUACCCAGUUUACUAUUUGCCUAUUUUAUCAGGGUAUAUUUAAUUGUCCUGUGGUUUGACAAAUGAGAGAGAGAAAGAACUGAGAAUUUACUAAAGGGUCAAGCAUCAUAUACUUUGCUCUUGGAGGCAGCUAUACCUUGCCUAUGACUUUUAUGCACAUUAGCCCCUUAGGGUUUACUCAUCUAACUACAAUUCAACAUCCCCAAUGCCCAGGAAAUUGAAAAGUACAAUAUUUUGUAUGAGAGGUUUCUUCAUAAUGGAUUUUUCAUUUCUAAAAUUUACCUCAUUUACAUUUAAUGUGAUAAUCUCUUUCUUUUUCUGGUACAUUUCCUACUGUCGCCUUCUGUUUUGUUUGUUUUUGUUUUUUUCCUAUUUUUCUACAGGUAGAUUUAUUUCCCAAACAUAGAAAUAAAGGCAGUUGCUCUUUUCUGUGGUCUUAUAUAUGUUUGGAAAAAGAACAUUAGAAGUGCAGGUCUAGGGAAGAGGUACCCUGAUGGAAAUUAUUUUUAUAAUUCUCAAUUAUUUGUGAUUUGUCAGUCGUGAAGGCCUCAAAAAUUAUGGUAAAAAAUAUAAAUAGUUUUAUCCCAUUUAGGGCAGACAGAUUUGCUACAAGUCACUGAUACUCCUAUAGGCUUUUACUGUAAUCAGGUCUGUAUCCUGAGUAUGUGCCUGACCUUUAAAAGAACAAAUAGUUAUGUAAUAUUUCAGUACAGAUGACUGAAUGAAUGAGUAGCAAUUUGUGACCCAAAUAAGUAUACGGUAAGAUAUAUAAAUAUUUGAGAAACUGGUACUAAAUCAGAUGCUCUGUGUUGGCUCCCCCAAAUGUUUGGAAUUGUGACUAUGAUUUACUUAAAUAACACGUUCAAGUAUAUAUAUGUGUGUUUGUAUUCUGACCAUUUUGCUUUUGAGGAGAGUUAUCUAUGGAAUGAAAGACAUAAUUUUUCUUUUUUUGGAAGUAUUUAAUGUUUGUGAUUGCUGGUGGAGCUUAAAACUAUGCAAAAUAAUUUUAAAGUAUAAGAAAGAA